AUAACUAACUGACUAAAGGCCCAAAUAGACUACACAAGCGGCUUAUCAAACAUACUUUUUUCAUUCGCACACACAUUACACAAACAUUGCUCGUACAAACACCAAUUUUUUCACGUUUUUGUGGACUUUCAAAGAUACAGAUGUCAAUUUUUCUUAGAAAUGUAAUUUUUUCUAAAUUUUGUUAUUAUUGAAUAUAAACUAUACAAAUGGUUUGACAAAAAUUCAAUAUGUUUGUGUAAAAAUCAAAUUUUUUUAAUUUUUGUACAAACAAACAGCAAGCAUUUGUACAAACACGAAACACCCUUAUACAGUACACAACAGGCUUGCACAAACGUAAAAUAUUGGUAUGUUUGUCAAGCCGCUUGUGUAGUCUAUUUGGGCCUUAACUAAUAUCAAUUAUUCCACUUUUUUCUUAACUUCACCUUGUUUAUUAAUUCGACUACCAAAUACUCGACACUUUCACAACAUUAACAAAAAUUCAGAUACAAUUUUUUGUUUACUUUUUUCUAAAUGUAAACAAAUACAAUGGAUUCCUGUUUGUUGUGCUUGGAAUUAAAUAAAGAUUUAGAGGAUUUCAUAGAAACAAAUUCCACACAAUGGCAAGAGCUCAAUGUAACAAAAGUCCUGCAGAAACACUUUUGGCCAAUGAAAUUAAGUGCCUGCUCCUGGAUGUGUUCAUCCUGUUGGAAGCAACUGGAGUCUUUUAACUUAUUCUACACACGCAUAGAAGAGGCUCAUGCAAAUUUUGGCAGUAUUAAAAUUGAAGGAAAUCAAUGGGAGCCAAAAGUUGAAGUAUCAAAUAAUGAAAGUGGAGACUUUUCGUAUGACGGUCUGGAAAUGAUCAUAGAUCAGAAUACCAUCUUUACAGAUAAUAAAGCUUUAGAUCAAAUAGAAAAUAGUGAUGUUAUAAGUGAACAUGUAGUACAUGAGGAUCCUUUAGUAAAAUCAAAUGCCACAAAUACCAGAAAUAGAAAAAAAUUAAAAAAUGCUGCUACAACAAAGUCAAAAAAAUCCAAAGACCAGAAUGUAAAAGAAACAAAAAUUAAAAGAGAGCCGGAAAAAGAUGCUUUUAAUGGUGAUGAUUCUGAUGGUAUUAAUGAUAAUGAUGAUGAAGAUACCGAUUCUGAACCAGACAAAAAUUCCGAAAUAGAAAAUAACGACUGUGAACCACAUAAAAAUUCGUCAGAAAUUAAAGGUAGAAAUAAGAAAAAUGAUCAAUUUAUAGCGGAACACUUUAAAAAAAUGUUUUGUGAUCUUUGCGGCAUACCAUUUGAAAGCUUUCUCAUCAUGCAGAAACACUUUGAAACGGAACAUAAUCGAAAAGGUUAUCUGGUGUGUUGCGAUAAAAAAUUCUUUCAACGCUAUCGUUUAGUUGACCAUUUACAAGUUCACUUCAAUCCAGAUCAUUUUAAAUGUAAGCACUGUGGUAAAGUUCUAUCAAAUUCAGAUAAUUUUCAAAAGCAUAUGCUGCGUCUACACCGGCCGAAAGGUGUUAAUUUGACACAUUGCUGUGAGAUCUGUGGAAAGUCAUUUAUGAAAGCCUCAUUAUUGCGCUACCAUAAAUUGCAACAUUUGCCUGAAGAGGAAAAGAAGUUUCCCUGUAAACAAUGUGGAAAAUUAUAUCCCUCUGCUAACCACUUAAAUAUACACACCGAGGCGGUACAUUUAAAAAAAUUCGUGAAAAUAUGUUAUAUUUGUGGUAAAUCUAUAGUUACAAGUGCCGAAUACAAAAUACAUAUGGACAAACACGAGGGCAUACCGCCACCGUCUAUAAGUUGUGAUAUCUGUGGUUUGCUAUUGACCAGCGAAAGAGGUUUAAAACGUCACAAAGACAAUCAACAUCCAGUGGGCGGCAAACAAGAUCAUCCCUGUCCGGUGUGUCACAAAAUAUCACCAACAAGGAAGGCUUUACUGAAACAUGUUAGUACGAUGCAUAAAAAAGGUUACGAUCACAAAUGCAACAUUUGUGAAAAGGCUUUCAAGAGGGCAGAAGCAUUACGGGAACAUAUGGCUUCACAUACCGGAACACCCUUAUAUACGUGUACUUGGUGUCCCAAGACUUUUUAUUCGAAUGGCAAUAUGCAUGCCCAUCGCAAAAGAGUACAUCGCAAAGAAUGGGAAGAAGCAAAACUUCAAAAAUAUUCGGGAAAAUUACCGAUAUUAAAUUAAUAAAAACAAAAUUACAAAAAAACCGGAUAUUAUAAUAAUUUAUGAAAAAUUAGGAUGAAUUUUAUAAAUGACGUAAUAAUGGAUCGAUCCGAAAAGUAUAGCAGAAUGAUUUGUAAAUAUACAAAACAUAUUCGUGUAGAAUUUUAUCCCGAUUCCAUUGUUAAUUCAUGAGUCAUUUACGAUUAAGAGAUUUUCGGAAGUGGAUUUUAUAUGGGAGUUAUGACCGAUCCGCAAAGCUUUCACAUGUUAAUCUCUAGACGAAUAACAUCUCCAUUCUUCUGAAAACUUAUACGGACAUACAAACAAACAUAGAUAAAUCGACUCCGCUAACCUAUAAAGACUCAGAUUAUAUACAAUUUAUUGGGUCUUAAAUGUAUAAAGGGUAUAAUCACCUGAAUUUUCCUCGGUGAAUAUAAAUUUUCAUAAAAAAUCGCCAAAAACUAAUUUUUAUUACAAAAAUGUUCUGGCAACUCCUAAUACUGAUUCUAACUAAACAAAUCCGAUUACC